GCGUCUGCGUCUGGCAUUCGUGUCGUUCGCAUAAGUGACAAUUGUCCCCUGCGGUUGUCGUCGAUGAGCACGGUCAUUUACGCAUCGGCGGCAAGGGAGACGACAUCGAAACGUGAGCGCUGGGAAAGGCAGACGACCAUCGUCAGUGCGUGGCUCCCAAGAUAUUGCACAGCCACCGACGCUGUGAUCUUGCGCGUGGCGGUGUUUGUGGAGUCCAGUUUGAAUCUCGUGAUGUCAUCGGAAGCGGCGUCUGGGAUGGACGUUGACGGCGGGGCAGGGCGCGGUGGUUUGAUGACGGCGGAGAGGACGGCUAUUGCUGCGGUGGUUAAUGUCGUCCUCUUCCGCUGCCAGAUGGCGAGCAAUGACGCGAACUUCAAAGCGGCUGUUCGUGCACGGCGCAAGCUCAUGGCGCUUCCGACGACUGGGCAGUGCUUGGAUGUGGCUGCCAUUUCCGACGCGGUGCUGGAGGUCUGCUACGCGAUGGGGUGCGGGGGGUUUCCACGGGCGACUCCACGGUGGUGGGUGAAGCGGCGAGCCGGCGGCACGUGCGAAGAUCUGCAGCAAUGUGAUGACGCCACGGAUGAUUACUUCAAGGAGAAGCUUCGAAUGUCGCCUCGUGUUUUCCGCGAGAUCGCGGAGACUCUUUCCCCACUCCUUGAAUGCCGUGUGACGUUCUACAGGGUGCCUUUGCAGCCAGACCACAUCAUUGCGUAUGCACUGCACAGGUGGGCGAAGGGGGAGACGUACGACAGCGGGACAUGUAGCUUCGGCAUCGGGAGGGCUUCUUGCAUCACGGCGGUGCGUGACGUCACGGCGGCGUUGCUGACUGCUUACCCCGACAAGAUAUCAUGGCCCAUAGGUUUGCAGAAGGCGGUCGUGUUGCGCGCCUUCGCGGACAAGGGGUUUUCAAACUGCCAUGGGAGACGUCGAUUCUCCGUGCAGGCGCAAGUGGUGGUCGACAUGAACUUGCGUGUGCUGGACGUCUUCGUCGGUUAUCCGGGGAGUGUGCAUGACAUGAGGAACCUGUCGAGUUUGUGGGUGCGCGCGGAGUCAGGACAACUUUUCACUGGCCCGCAUGUGAUGCUGCCUUUCGGUGUGCAGACUAAUGGCUACUUGCUCGACGACAAUGGUUAUCCGCAGUCGGAAUGGAUAGUCAUCCCUUACGGCGGUCUCGCGCAACACCCGACGGAGGCACGCUUCGACAACAAACAGAAGACGACCAGGGGAGCAGUGGAGAGGGCGUUUGGCAGACUGAAGGGGAUGUGGAGGCUGUUCCUCCGCACCCACAAGUGCAACAUGGACAGCUUGCCGCAACAAUUCGUCGCCGUCUGCAUCCUCCACAACAUACUCAUCGACGUUGGCGUCCCGUUUGACGACAAUCUGCUGUGGGAAGUGGGUCCAGACGGCGUGCGUCGUAAAGUGGAUCUAGGGAUGCAUCAGCCAUUGAGGCCAGUGUGCAUGGAGUCUACGACGGGGGACGCGCUGAUAUUGAGGGACGCGUUGGCGGGGCGGAUGAUUGCACAGUGAGGUUGGCCGUGUUCGCAGUUGGAGACCCCGCCAUGAAUGGAACGAGUCUGAGGGACGAAGCUGUGGGAAGCGGGGGAGCACCGAGGAGA